CAAAAUCAAAACAAAGAUGUUGCGUAUUUUGCCAAGCUCCCGGAAAAUAUCAAAAUAUGCAACAGGUUGGACGCCACAGCUCCUCCGGUUCGCCAGCAAUGGAUCCAGUGAUUUGGUCUUGGUCAAGGAGGAGCAUGGAGUGCGGGAGAUAACGCUGAAUCACCCAAAAACACUUAAUUCCCUCUCGCUGGAGAUGAUGUCUGCCCUUCAGGAUGCCCUGGUCAAAGAUAAAGAUAACGUGGAGCUGCGAUGCGUGGUCCUAACGGCACAAGGAAAAAUCUGGUCGGCCGGCCACAACCUCAAGGAGCUCCACAACGAACCCAAGAUACAGGCCUGUGUCUUCCAGAAGCUAACCGACGUAAUCAGUGACAUCCAAAAGCUACCGGUGCCUGUGAUAGGAAAAGUUAAUGGUUAUGCGGCUGCUGCGGGUUGCCAACUGGUGGUCUCAUGUGAUAUGGUGGUCUGUUCCAAGAACAGCAAGUUCUCCACCCCAGGAGCUGGCGUCGGAGUUUUUUGCUCCACUCCCGGCGUGGCCGUUGCCCGCAUCAUGUCGCGACCUAAGUCCGCCUACAUGCUAAUGACUGGUCUUCCGGUUACCGGCGAAGAAGCCUACAUAUCAGGAAUGGUCACCAAAUCAGUUCCAGCAGAGGAGCUGGAUAAGGAAAUAGACGAAAUCACAUCCGCCAUCAAGGCCAAAAGUCGGGCCGUCAUUUCCUUGGGCAAGGAGUUCUUCUACAAGCAACUGGCCAUGUCCCAGACAGAAGCCUUCUCGGCUGCUCAAGACAAGAUGAUCGAGAACUUUCAGCUGGGCGAUACCAAAGAGGGCAUUGCUAGCUUCUUCGAGAAGCGUCCACCCAGUUGGAAGCACGAGUAAUGGGUUUUUGUGGCUGUGAAACUAAGAAAUAAAACUGUCCAAUUGUGCAUUUAUACUUUUAGGCUGUUCAAGGCGAGAAUAAAAAUUAUUUUUGUAAUCCAA